UAUUUAUAAACAAACAUACGUGUGCGUGUGUGUGUGUGGCUUUGAGAAUUGAGAAAGAGUAAUGGCGGACGCCGACGAGCUCGCUCCGCCGCUCGACGCUACGCUCAGCUUCCGUGAUCCACCCUCCGCCGCGGUUCUUGACUCCCCUGACCAGAUCCCCGCCGCUCAUCGACCCGAUCACGACGACCACCACGAUCCCGAGCUCGACGAUGACUCGGACUCUGAUUUUGAGUUUGCUUUCGUUUCCCGCGAUCUAGACUCGUUCCCAUCCAUCACUGCCGAUGAGAUCUUCUCCGAUGGGCGGAUCCGGCCGAUGUACCCGGUCUUCGACCGAACACUGCUGCUCCCUGACCCGCCGGGAUCGGCGCUGGCGCCGGACACGAAGCCAAGCCGUGUGCCGCUCGCGCGGCUCCUGAUCGAGUCCCGGGAGGAGAGAUCGCAGUCGGAGGGGGAUGAAUUGGAGGGCAUCGCCCCGGAGACGUACUGUGUGUGGACGCCGUCGCCGGAUCGGCGGCGCUCGUGCAAUAAAAGCGGGUCUACGGGUUCAUCCGCGUCAACGGGAUCAUCCCGGCGGUGGAAGCUUCGCGACCUUGUCGUCCGCCGGAGCCACAGCGACGGCAAGGAGAAGUUCGUCUUCAUCGACACGGAGGGGAAUAAGAAGGGAGGCGGUAAGGUUACCGAGAAGGGUUAUAACGAGAAGAAGUUCGUGUUCAUCGGCGGCGGAGGCGAGAAGAAGGCAUCGGCGGAGGAGAAUAAGAAGGGCGGUAAGAUUACCGCAUCGUCGAAAACCCAGAAAACGUUCCUCCCGUACAGGCCGGACCUGGUGGGAUUCUUCGCGAGCCUCAAUGGGAUUAGCCGGGCCCACACGCCCUUCUAAGAGAUAAACAAACAAAAAGGCAAGGCUUUUUUUAAAAAA